ACAAGACAGAUUGCGCUAGUAGUUUUAACGGUUCCAUAUUUCAUAAUGUCGGUAAAAAUAUUUCCGCGAAACAAAGAUAUUGUUACGCAAAAUUUAAGAAAAUCAAACAUGAAAGUCAGAUACCGGUUACACGAAUAGAGAAAGAAAACCGAAAAUGCACCGACGAAUUAUAAUUUGUUAAAACAAUUGUUAUUCGUUUCACGGAAAUUCACUGCGAAGGGAAAAGAAAAGAACGAUAAAAAAGAAAGGUCAAUUACUUGGAGGGAAUAAUAUCUAUUCAUCUUUCCCUGAAGCAAGUGGAUUCUGUUGUUGAAUCACUGCACUGGUAAUUACACUCAGAAAAUAACAAUAUCCAGUAGUACAUUGUCUUGUAUUUGGUCUAUACAUACGAAGAAAUUCGAUAUAUGUAUAUAUGUAUGUAUGCGCGUGUGCUUUCUAUACAUAGAGUACUGCAAUUGUAUUAAGAAUUUUGCGGUAGUUGUAUAGUGGCAGGGGGAGGUCUUUAGCCCCCUUGGUGAGGCACACGCCGGUAAUGAGUGUUUAUACCAUAACUGCGGCGACACCAACAACGAGUACAAUAAUAUCAACAACAACGGCAACGACGACGACAGCUGUAACAGUGACGACGACGGCUACGCCGACAACAACAACGGCACCGGCGGUUGCCGUGUCGCCUGAAGCUGCACCUGGUUGGAUAGAAUUUUGUGAGAGACACGCCCGCGCUUCGGCUUCUGAUUUUGCUAAGGCCUUUUGUACCUACGUCAGUUUAAAUUUACCAGAAAGUGCAAGAUCGAAUCUUUCCCAUCGUGAUUUUUUAAGAAAAUUUGUCGAAAGCUUUUGUGAACACUUUGAAAGCGAAUACCUACGUCGUACGAUUAGAUCACCAUCUUUGUAUGACACAAGGCAUAUAGCAAGUAAUGAUAGAGAUGUUAAUGUUGUAAGCCAAAACAACAAUGCUCCUAUUCGUAUAUCAUCUCAUGAAGAAUUCAGUGAUUACUCUGAACAUGAUGGAGAUGCAAUAUCACCAAAGCCUGCACACAAACCAUUUUUCCGCCGCUUAUCCUUUAAAGGGCUUAAGAAGGGCAAAAGCUUCUUCCAUAAGCAGCAAAGUGAUGAAGUGGAGUUAUCUCAUAGUGAACAUCGUAGAGAUAAGCAUUCAAAAGCUAAACUUUCAAAGAUUGUGGUGGAAUGUAGAAAAGAAGGCAUUGUUAAUUCCUUAAUGGGAGAAAAUAUUGAUGGAACUCAAAAAUGGGAGAAAUCUAGACUUGCCUUAAUAAAAGCAAUUGGUGGAUAUAUGUUAGAAUUUUAUUCUCCUCCAAAAGCAGUAAAACCACGUAGUGGUGUCUUUUGUUCUGCAAUAACUGAAGCCAGGGAAACAACUGCAUUAGAAAUGCCAGAUCAUGAAAAUACCUUUGUAUUAAAAACACAAAAUAUGGAAUUUGUAAUAGAAGCUCAUGAUUCAAAUGAUAUGAGAUCAUGGUUAGCUACUAUCAAAUAUUGUAUGCGCACAGUACAACAAAAUUCUGUUAAUCCUAGUUCUGGAACAGAUGUUACUGGAGAUUCCUUAGGACAUGGUUCAUUAGCUAUUGGUAGUGAAGGAGAUAGAUUAAGAACUAAUUCUACAAGUAAAAGUUCCCGAUCUACAUCCCAUGAACAUGGAGAUGAAAUAGGUGGCAACCCUCCAGAAAUACCUCCUAGACUACGUAUAAGAAGUAAUAGUAAUCUGGAAUUAUGUUCAUCACAACAAGAUAUUGAACAAAUGAAUGCAAAUGAUGGUGAAUUAGAUUUAUCUAGCAGUUUAAGAGAAUAUCCAUGGUUUCAUGGGACCCUCCCUAGAUCAGAUGCAGCACAGCUCGUUUUACAUAGUGCUGCUAAUGGUCAUGGUGUAUUUCUUGUUCGACAAAGUGAAACAAGAAAAGGGGAAUUUGUAUUAACUUUUAAUUUUCAAGGCAGAGCAAAGCAUUUGCGUAUGACAUUAAACGAUCAGGGACAUUGUCGUGUUCAGCAUCUUUGUUUUCCUGCUAUAUAUGAUAUGCUUGAACACUUUCGUCGAAAUGCCAUACCUCUUGAAUCCGGUGGAACAGCAGAUGUCACUCUCACAGAAUUUGUUGUGGCGACUGAUGCAACACGGUCAGGACAUCAUAAUGCAUCUGGAAUAAAUCAACAACAGUUACAAGAAAGGAGACCCCCAGCUGCUCCAGAGCCAAGAGAAGUAAGAGUCAGCAGUGGAAGUCUAACUCCUCUUGAGUGAACGCGAGUGGCUAACACCCACAGUCUGAAGUCUAAUCUACAGACAGUACGCACAUAUGGUGGUUCUAUAAGAACACGUACAGAAUCACUGGAAAGACUGGAACAACAAAACAACGUUACAGAACAACAAAGUUCAUCAUCAUCUAGUGGUAGAGCAAUUCAAAAUACUUAUAGUUUUCUUUGACGAUGGAUUCAUAAUACUCUACCAUCAGGCUACAACCCAGUUGGUCCUUUAGAUUAAAUAGUUUCCCCAUCAACUUAUCCUACAAAGCAAGAUAAUUUUAAGUUGAAGUUAUUAUUGUUAUCAUAAAGUGUUAUACAAAAGUGUAUUAUUUCUCCUAUGUAAACAAUGUAUUUUUUCAAAUCAACUGCUUCCAACUUUUCCAAUCUUGCAAGAUGACGUUUUCAACAACUAUAUUUAUUAACAUGUUUUUACCCAAUUUUGGGAUCGAAACAUAAUCUUCGACAUAUAAUUGUUUUAUAAAUCAUUUUUAAAAUAAUGUAUAUAAAUUAUUUCAAAAUUUCAAUGAAAUUUAUAACAAGAUUGUAUCAGUUGUAUUCUCUGCACGUUCAGAUAUAUCAGCUCAAAUUAUCAUAUAAAUCAUAAUAAACAUUGUAAGUAUUAUAAAAUAUUUAAAAUAUCAUAAAACUAAAAGACCACAGCCUUUGUCUUUAUUUUAUUGAAGUAAUUGAGGAAAUAUUUUGAAACUAUAGAACACAGUCCAUUAUACCAAUUAAUUUACUUAAGUGUAUGUACUUACAUAAGAAUAUACAUAAAAAAAACAUGUAAAUGUAUAUGAAAGUUAGUCUUGUUUUAUAUAUAAAACUAUUACAGACAAUCUCUUUACUAUGACUAUCCUUUCUCCUACAUGAAUUGUAGAAUAUAUUGUUAAAUAAUACUUAUAUAUAGAUCAUACCAAUAAAGUUUGAUUUAAAGAAGUCAGAAAA